GAAUCAGCUGACUGGAAGCUGCUGCUACCCUGAUGUGCAGCUUUGGUUUAGACAGCACAUAUUCAGUUCUGGAAAUCAAGGAGAACAGACAGCACAGGAGAGACACUGCAGAAUCUGGAAGCUCAGGGGCAGUCAAGCUCUACCUGAAACAGACACUCUCAGAAAUGGCUCCCCGAAUAAGACUGAACUUAGCAAAGCCUCUUCCAACAAUCAGUGAAGCUUUUGAGGAUAUGCUGGAAGAUAUAACAAGUAGCACAAAAGGGUUUGGAAAUGUUUAUAUGAGUCCAGAUUCCUGCUCUGGGGAAGACUACCUUGAAUCUAUCUGCCAGCUAGCAAGAUCUUCCUUUCCAGUGCCUCCAGAAAAUAAACAUAAGGUUCAAGAUGCUGAUAAACGUGGAAUGCUGCACAAUAGUCCCAAGAUCUUAAAUAUGUCUGAGACAACAAAAAUGGUCCCCAUAUACACCCUUCCUAAUGUGAUGUCAUUGGAACGAAAUAGCUUCAUUCUUGACUGUUUCAAAACCUACUCAUGUCCAUUUGUGGACCCAUUAGAAGAGCUGUACACUGAAGCUCAGAAGACCCCUCAGUGGAGAUGUCAUAAUGGUUGUGAAACCACUGGUACUGAAUCUUUAAAGCACCACUUCCAUGCUACCAGUCCUUUUACUGUUCAAGAAAAAACUCUAGAGAAGCAAGAUGCUGUCAGCUUUUUCCCCAGACUUCCUUCCCAAAAACUACUACAGAGAGGUGACAGCUGCCCAGAGUUUAAAAUUUUGAAAAACCAAGGCAGGAUGCAGACUCUGGCCAACAGUCCCAAUAAGAAAGGAAAUUACUUUCUCAGUGUUAGUAGUAAAUCAGCCUGGCUCCAGCUACCCACAGAAACACCCCUGGGCUCCAAGGUUUUGAGAUCUUCACAAAAUGGGCAGCAGGCACUGAAAGCAGCAGCUUUUCCUGAAAGAGAGCAGCUGAAGUCUUUCAAGCAUAGUCAAAAAGGAAAGGGAGAGGAGAAUAACAGAGAAGGCCAUGGGAGAUACUUCCCACUUGGUCAAAGAGUCACUACUUUUGACUGGAUUUCAGAAUACCAGAGUGCUUGGAAAGCAGCAAAGGUGAGAGCGUGUUUGCUCCCUGCCAUUGCAGAAUCGUGAAUUGUUCUUGAAGAAAAUGUGGAUGGCAUUUCCUCCUCUUCUUCUUCAAGAGCAUUCUGUAGGGAAAGAGAUGUGUGUGUGUGUGUGUAUGUAUAAGUAGUUUUUCUUAUUGGCACAGAAUGCUUAUUUACAGUAUGUAUGCUGCAGGCUGUGGUGUGCCAGUGAUGACCAGAGAAUCAAGCAAUGGGAAUAAAAGGCAGUGCUUCACAGAGAACAUACUGCAGGCUCAGAUAGCUUCGACAUUCAGAUAAUGUGUUGGAAUAAUUCUUAUACAUUUGUAAUCCAUUCUGUCUUUUGGCUCGGUGCAAACAGACAAACCAGAUACAGAAUGCUUUCAACUCUAAGCCACAGGCUAUUAGUGGAAGUCUGCAACGUUUUCUAGAAAAAUGUCUGGACAGCAGAUUUUAACUUCUAUGUGGGCCAGUUCUCCACAUACAGCAUAGGUGUGCAAGCAUUUGAAAAAAAAUCUCCUGAAAGAAAGAACAUAAAUUCUUUUGGCUGCCUUGCUGGUUGGAUUUAUCAUAUAGGUUGUAUUUACAUACAGACAGGCUGCAGCAUAAACAUGAGUACAAAUGGCUACUAACCUCUACCACUCCCCCCUCUCUAUUAUUUCACAUGGCAUCCUUUUAGAGAACAUUGGACCAUCCUUUCAGCCGCAACUUCCUAACCGGAAGUAGUCCCAACUGCUUCCUGAGAAGCCUACAAACAGUCACUUGGAAGUUUCUUCUGCUCCUUAAUAAGUUAGAUCUGAAAUAUCAUAUAAGCUUUUAUUGUUGGUUCAUUGUAAAUCAUAAUGAAGCUUUUUUCUCUCUCUUUCAUGAUGUGGGGUUGUUACUCGAAAAUGAUUCAAGAAAGAACACAGCAUUUUUCUCAUUGCACUGAAGCAGCGAAAUACACUUUUCAGUGUAUUUUGAGAACCUUCCACUUUUCAGAAGGGAAAGGCUCAAUGAUCAGUCUAGUAGUAGGCAGAAACAGCUAAUUAGGUUGCCAUUUUUUAAUAGUCAUAAUAGGUGACAUCCAGGGAAACCUCAGGGGGUUUUUUGGACACUAAUCUGUCAAGUGUUGUGUGUAAUGUCAUAUACUGUAUGUCUAUCAGUAUAAAACUAUUAGAGAACUGUGACUGGAUUUAUUUGGAAGAUUAAACAGACUUGUCUGGAAUAUAAUGAUAUUUUCCCUUGAUAUAAACUAAUGGGAGGAGGAAUCAAGGUGGCUGUGCUUGUAGUGUAUCCUCUUGCUGCUUGUUUAGCAUUCUUGUUUUAUAUUAAUUUUGUGAGUCUUUUAAUGCAAUCCAAAAACCAUUUUGCAUUUUCAGUGAUCUUCGCAAUAUAGCUGGCAGUGUGCUGUAUUUUUCAAAGCAUGUUAUCCUCCUUCCUUCAUCAAUGUUAUUAUGUACAUGUGACAUCUAACAAAGGUUAUCUUUUAUCAAAUGAACAAAUGCAUUCAGGACUUGCAUGUGGCAUGUACCUGCAGUCAGCAGCUGAAUAUUGCUUUGAGCCUUUACUUGAUGAAGCUGGAAUAAAUACCCAUUAAAUGUGCUGAGUUUGAAGUGAACCUAACAGGAA